CUGGUUGUUUAGACUUAUCAUAUCUGGGUCUUAGCUUAUUAUUAAAGCAGUGUCGUUCAAUUGCUAAUAAUAUUAAAAACAUUGUUGUUCGUCAUGUCAAGAGGUCAGCGAAUCACGUAGCUCAUGUGGGUCUUAUCCUUUUUCCUUUUUUCCCUUUUCCUUGAGCUUUUUUUCAUACUAUUAUUCUCUCUAUAAAUUCCAUCUGCGAUAUGUUCCUUCCCAACACACACUAAGUAGCUAGCCUCUUCAUCAAUCUUCACCACUCAUCUUUUCUAGCUUUCCUGCCUUUUGCUCACUUCCUAACCCUGUCUAUAUAUGGACAACUCUACAAUCAACCUUCAACCUUCCACUUGGGAAUACGAUGUGUUCUUGAGCUUUAGAGGUGAAGACACGCGCAAAAAUUUUAUCAGUCAUCUUUACUCUGCAUUAUGUAAUGCAGGUAUUCGCACGUUCAGAGACGAAGAGGAGCUAAGAAAGGGCGAAUCUUUAGCGCCUGAACUCACGAGAGCAAUCCAAAAUUCAAGGGUCUCUAUGAUCAUUUUCUCGAAAAACUAUGCCUCGUCUAGGUGGUGCCUUGACGAAUUGCUUCAAAUCCUCGAGUGCAGGGAAAAGGGAAAACAGUUAGUCUAUCCUAUUUUUUAUGACGUUAAACCUUCUGAAGUGCGUAAUCAAAGUGAAAGUUACGGUAUGGCUUUGGCAAAGCACGAAGAACGUUUUGGGGGAAAAGAUAAAGUAAAAAAAUGGAGGGAUGCACUCACUAAAGUUGCAAAUAUGUCAGGAUGGGAUUUGCAAGGCCUUGCCGGUGGGUAUUUCUUUCUCCUUGUUGUGUUUGAAUAAUUCUUAAUAUAUAUUAUAUAACAUAGGCAAUUUCUUUUUAAAGCAUGAAAACUUUAAAACUGAAUAUCAUUAUAAAUUUUAAUUGUUUGGAGAUGACUUGAGAGAUUAGUACGUGUCCGUUGUUGUUUUAAAUUU